UGCUCGUUAGCGUUGGCGUUUCCUUUCACCCCCACUGCCCCCACUGCCACUACCCACCCCCACCAUCUUCCUCUCGGAUGCUCGCGUGAACCCCUCUCCCCUAGUCCCCUCUCGCUUUCGCGCUGCGUCCGCGGUGGCAUCAUUGGAUAACCUGGACUGGUCCGGGCUGGGUGGCUGAUUUCGCGAGCUCGGCUUCUUCGUCUCCCUGCUGCUGCGGGCGGAGGGGGAGCGGAAUUGUGGUUCAGCCGUGGGCUGCCCUGCUCCUUCCUCUUCGUCAGAUCAUUGUUUGCCGAAUUGAAUCUGCGGGGCUAGGCUGUGCAGGCGAUGUGGGUGCCGGUGGCGCCGAUGUGGAUGCGGUGGUGGGUGGUGGCUGCUGGCCUGCUCGCCGUGACCCUGCCGCCGUCCACCGCCACGCUCUCCCCGGCCGGCAUCAACUACGAAGUGGUGGCACUGAUGGCCAUCAAGACGGAGCUGGAGGACCCCCACAACGUGCUGGACAACUGGGACAUCAACUCCGUCGACCCCUGCAGCUGGAGGAUGGUCACCUGUUCCUCCGACGGCUACGUCUCCGCCUUAGGAUUGCCCAGUCAGAGCUUGUCCGGGAAAUUGUCACCCGGCAUCGGCAACCUCACCAGGCUACAAUCUGUGCUGUUACAGAACAAUGCGAUUUCUGGCCCCAUUCCCAGUACCAUAGGAAGGUUGGGGAUGCUAAAGACUCUUGACAUGUCAGAUAACCAGCUCACGGGGAGCAUCCCAAGUUCACUUGGAAAUCUCAAGAACCUCAACUAUCUGAAAUUGAACAAUAAUAGCUUGUCUGGAGUUCUGCCUGAUUCACUUGAAUCCAUUGAUGGCCUUGCUCUUGGAGAUCUUUCAUUUAACAAUCUUAGCGGUCCAUUACCCAAGAUUUCUGCAAGAACUUUCAUUAUUGCUGGAAAUCCAUUGAUUUGCGGUGAUAAUUCAGGAGAUAACUGCUCUUCUGUGUCACUUGACCCACUCUCUUACCCACCAGAUGAUCUGAAGACUCAGCCACAACAAACCACUGGAAAAGGCCGCCAUAUUGCUACAAUAUGUGGAGCAACUGUAGGGUCGGUAGCUUUUGUCACUAUCAUAGUUGGCAUGCUUCUUUGGUGGCGUCAUAGGAGAAAUCAGCAGAUCUUCUUUGAUGUAAAUGACCAAUAUGAUCCAGAAGUUUGUUUGGGUCAUCUGAAGCGGUAUGCCUUCAAGGAGCUUCGUGCAGCUACUAACAACUUUAACUCAAAGAACAUCUUAGGUGAAGGUGGAUAUGGCAUAGUCUACAAGGGUUAUUUGCGUGAUGGCUCUGUCGUUGCUGUUAAAAGGCUGAAGGAUUAUAAUGCUGUUGGUGGGGAGGUUCAAUUCCAAACUGAAGUUGAAGUCAUAAGCUUGGCUGUUCAUCGCAAUCUCCUCCGUCUUAUUGGAUUCUGCACUACAGAAAGCGAGCGAUUACUUGUUUAUCCUUAUAUGCCUAAUGGAAGUGUUGCUUCUCAACUGCGGGAGCAUGUAAAUGGCAAGCCAGCUCUUGAUUGGUCAAGGAGAAAGAGGAUAGCACUAGGAACAGCACGAGGUCUGCUUUAUCUGCAUGAGCAGUGCGAUCCGAAAAUAAUCCAUCGUGAUGUGAAAGCUUCCAACGUGCUUCUUGAUGAAUAUUUCGAAGCAAUUGUGGGAGAUUUUGGAUUGGCAAAACUUUUAGAUCAUAGGGAAUCCCAUGUUACCACUGCAGUGCGUGGGACAGUUGGACAUAUAGCACCAGAGUAUCUUUCAACUGGCCAGUCAUCUGAAAAGACUGAUGUGUUUGGAUUCGGAGUUCUUUUAGUUGAGUUGAUCACUGGUCAGAAGGCAUUAGAUUUUGGAAGAGUAGCAAAUCAGAAGGGUGGAGUGCUCGAUUGGGUUAAGAAACUUCAUCAAGAAAAGCAGCUAAGCUUGAUGGUGGACAAAGACCUGGGUAGCAACUACGAUAGGGUCGAGCUGGAGGAAAUGGUUCAGGUGGCUUUGCUAUGCACACAAUACUACCCAUCUCACCGCCCUCGGAUGUCCGAGGUAAUCAGGAUGCUGGAAGGGGACGGGCUCGCAGAGAAAUGGGAAGCAUCACAGAACGUGGACACACCUAAGUCCGUCUCAUCGGAGCUCUUGCCUCCAAAGUACAUGGACUUUGCCGCGGACGAAUCCUCGCUGGGCCUAGAAGCAAUGGAGCUCUCCGGACCAAGGUGACCCGACUGACCGGCCGGAUCAAGUCAUAGCAUAGAUGCAUAGAUGCUUGCCAUAUGAAGCCUAUUGCUGUAUUACAUUCAAUUUGUUUAGGUGUAGAGCCGAGGGAAGGCGAAAAAUUUUCCGGUCGAUGUAGGGUGUGUGAUCUGUUCUGUGGUCUGUCUAUAGCUGUGCUGGCAUUCAUUUGUACAUACAGCAGCAUUGUGCGAGGUGAGCCCAUCCUUGUUGCGCAUCUGCUUGGUGGCAAAGAGAUGAGAUGAAUGAGUAUAUAUAGAAAUGAAAUUUUCCCAGUGCAGUUUGUGCC